UCUCCCCACAUACUUUUGAAAGUUCUCUUUGCUUGCUUUGCUUUGCUUUUGGUGAGGCGAAACCCGAGUAAAACGAGACCGACCACCUGACUCGAUCCAAUUUUCCCUCCGAGUCUCAUUCUAUUGAAUUCAAUCAAAUCAAAUCUCAUCCAUACAUUGAUUUUAUCUGUCAAUCUUAAUUACUUUAUUAUUCAUAUUGUCGGUCAGCCCGCGCGCACCUGACAUCAUCUCAUUUUAUUAUCCCAUCUUACCUUUUUACUUUAUUGUCUCUUCCUUCCCACCCCCCAGACAUCCUCAGUUCCAAUCUGAUCUAUCCUCCUCAUCUUCAAACAAUCAACCAAUAUGCGCCCUAACCAACCCACCCCCCUCCACCUCCACACUUCUUUCCCUUCAUCAUCAUCAUCACCAUCCGACCGCAACACCAAAAUGUCCACCUCUACCACCACCACAACAACAACAUCAACCAUAAUCCCACCCCAUCCACAUCCUCCAUCCUCAAAUACUAUUAAUCCCGGCGGCGGUCCAUCCUCCCCAUCCCUCUCCGUCACUCUCUCCAUUCCAUCCACCACCCCAACUCCACUCAGCUCCACAACCGCCAGUCCCACUUCCUCGCCCACCUCGUCGCCCGUCCCCCGCCGUCGCUUCAACAACCACCACGCUAUCGGCAGCCUCAACAGCACCUCUCUCUCCGACUAUGGCCAACAAGACUACUACUGCCGAAGUCGCAGCCGCAGCCAAAGUCCCUUCCGGUACUACCACCACCAUCAUCGUCCCUCGUCCAUGUCGAUGAUGCUGCUGCGGCGGAGACCCUCCAAGGUCGAUUUGGCCUUGUCCGAGGAGCGAUCCCGUGCCGAUGAGGAUAAGAUUGAGCGUCUGGGAUUGGAUCUGAUGGAGCCGAGGCCCGUGGAUCCGUUGUUGGGGGUCGGGUUUGCGUUGGAUAGUAUGGAUGCGAGUGUUUUUGGUGGGGAUGGGUUGGAUGGCGGGGUGUUGGAGAGGAGUAGUGUCCAGCCGAGGUUUGUGAUGGGGGGGAUUUUUGAGGUUAUGGAAGGGAGAGGGUGAAUCUUUUAUUCGAUUUUAAUUACUUGUCAAUGGGGGUUUGGGAUGGAGUAUUGGGAUUGUUUUCGUCGGGAUUGAGCGAUUUGUGAUUCUGGGAUACCUUGGUGAAUUGUGAUUUAUUUGAUUAUUGGAUGGGAUGGGAUGGGGUGGAGUUUUACUUUGGCAUUUUCAUUGUUUAGAGGGUUCUGUUAUGUGCUUGCUUGAUACUUUGUUUUACUUUCUUAUGGUUUG